AAACAUGGCGACUUGCAUUGGCAUGGUUGUCCGGCUUGGUGCAUUGAAUGUCUUAAAACCGGUUUCAAGGCACUUUGCAAGGCAGGGAACGAAAGUAUUUACCCCGAGCCGCGCCACACAUGAGGUGCGAAGUAGUCUGUACGAACAUGUCCGCGAGGGCUACAGUGACAAGCCAGACUUGGACAUGAGACUUGUGUGCGAGGACACUGACAAAGUCAUUGCCAAUGUGGAGACUCGGAAAGGGGAUCUACGGGGAGCAGAUGUCAGGGAGAUUGUAAGCUUUUCUGUAUAUCCCAUCUCACCACACCAUGUUGAAUAUUGUAGAUGUAACUUUAGUUACAUGCACUUUGCGUGCUCUCUUGACCAUCGAGUCAUUGAAGUGUAUUUGAUGUGCAAGAGAGAUUGCCUCUGUGCUUUCAUGUGCUGUAUCUGUCAUUUGCCUUGAAGUACAUGCAGAUGAAUACAGCCUCCCUGGAUGUGGCAGUGUAGCCUACUGUAUUUGUAUGAAGCACAUUGCCUGGUCUUAUAUAUAUAUUGUGUAGGCUUACGUCAGGAGUGUGUUUCUGAUGUAAGUGUGUGUUGCAGGUGUGUGUUUGGCAGCAACUUGAGGUGGUGCGCAAGGAAAUCUCACAGCUGGAGGAGCAAAAGAAAGUGAUCAGUCACAGAGUUCGGACUCUUGUGGUCAGUUAAUAUAUUGACAAUGAUAAUACCUGUGCUUCGAAACAUUGUUUUCAUGUUAUGAUGAGAUAUUAUUUUGUGGGAUUAUUGUGAUCAACAUUUCCCUUCUCUUCACAGGAUCAGAAUGACAAGAAAGCCCUAGCUAAUGUAAGUUCGGCCUUGCCUGCUGUGGCCUUAUGGUAUUUUCACUUAACAUCAAGGCUGAACAGAAAGAAUACCCUUGUGGAGUAAGUAGUCCCUUAUCUUCUUCAGAUUCCUGAGUUCAAGGAGGCUACGAAGGAGGGUCGAGAGAUCCGCCACCGGCUGAGCCGGCUUUACCCCCGAGAGAGUGAGCUGGAGGAGGAGCACUACGGCCGAGCCCUGAGGCUACCCAACACCACACACCCCGAUGUGGUGAGAAUACACACACACACAGGUGUGAGGCAAAAAUCUGUUAGAGAAUCAUUCUGAGAGCGACCUAUGCAUAGAGACCUUCAACUAUAGGAAGACAAUUUUUGCAUACCUGAAAAAAUCUAUAGUUUGGAACUACAGUUUGAUUUUCAAACUUACCAUCUCCCUCUUUCAGCCAAUUGGAGAUGAGAGCCAAGCGAGAGUGGUGGAGCUGGUUGGACAGAAACCAGGUGAGGAGGCGGAACAAUACAAUUACAUGUCCUUAUGAUCUCAUAGACGUACACAGUAGGGCAGUAUUUGAUAUGCAGUUGUCUCUGACCUUUUUCAUCAGAGUUUGACUUCAAACCCAGGGGACACCUAGAGAUCGGGGAGGAGCUUGGUCUUAUCAGACAGAGGUUAGACACACUGGUCUGGUAUCCUGUCUGGCUUUCGUUCUCUCUUCCUCCUCUCUCUCUCCAUUUCCCUCUCUCUUCAUGUCACUCUGCUUACUCUUUCAUACGUUUCUCUUUAUAUCUCAUUUUCUUCUUUCUCUCUCUCUCUCUCAUUGUUCCUCUCAAUACCCCCCUCUGUUCAUUCUGAUCAGUUGAUCCUCCAGUCCCAAAGGCCUACCGGUAAACACAUAAAUAAACUUCAUCAACAGUGCAGCCAAACAACAGGGGCUCACCAGCGUUAUCCUCUGGUGUUGUUAACAAUAUGUAGCCUUGGGCUUGUCAUUAAUAAAUGGGUGCUUAAUAUUGCAUGAGUUCUUUCUUCGUCUAGAAUAAAAAAAAUGUCUACAGCAGGUGGCCAGGGUCUUUGUUAGGUUUUCAGAUUAACAAUCUUUUCAAUUUUUUUCUUUUUUUACUUAAUUUCCAGGUGAACAAAAAGGAGAGCAGUCGUUGGUAAAGUCAAUAAAAAAUCUAUCCGGUUUAUUACAAGUUGCAGGAGGUAGACACCUCCAGCACAAAAAAUGUCUAACUGGCCUGCUCUGAGAAGGUCCUUAUAUCCUAAUCAGCAGACAACUGUUCUGUAAACACCAGCCUGAGAGGCUUGUAGGAAGUCAAAACAAAAGGCAGAGACUUUGUCAGGUGCUACAGAAUCACACUGUUUCACAGAAUACAAUAAUAAUCAGUGUCCUUGUACCUCCAGUCUAACGUCAUCAAUCAGUAUCAAGUCAUUCAUAACAUUCAGCUGCAAGCUUAGUGACCAUCAACCCGCACCUUGAGUGUAACAAAUAGAACACUGUAUAUCAUGUGUAUUACAGAAACUCAAAAGUAUGCUAAACAUUGUCUAAAUUAAUUAUGAACUUUAGUCAUCUUAAAUAUUCCCAUUACACCCUCUCUUGUGAUUUACUCUGAUCUUCUCUCUGCAGGCGUCUUGCCCAUGUCUCAGGUCAUAGGUCAUACUAUCUAAGGGGAGCAGGGGCCAGACUCCAGUCUGCUCUACAGAACUUCGCCCUGGAAACACUGCAGCAGCGGGUGUGUAAAGAUACCCUCUGUUUGACUGUGUUAUUAGGGAGAAUGGCUGAAUAUAUCUGCAAAAUGUGUGAUUAUCAUUUUAGAUUCAGAUUCUGAGUGUUUAAUAGUAACAUAUACAGGGUUGCAGGUGUGAAUGCAGGGUACAGUGAACAUCUUAGGCUCUGAGCUCCAACAUGCAGGACUAAGUGAAAUAAAAUAAUAAAAAUUGUAAUAAAUAAAAAAACUAUAGAAAUAGCACUAUAUACAUCAUAAAAACUGUAGCCGUGAUGAAGAUAUGUCUCCCUACUUUGAAAGCAAAUCCGUUUUUUUCCUUAUCUCUCAGGGGUUUAUACCCAUGGUUGUGCCAGACAUGCUGAAGGGGGCUGUAUUUGUGAGUAUCUGAUUCUAUCCUUCAUUUACACUACAGUAUGCACUGCAGACAUGCAUGCAUAACAAUAUUCAAACUGGAAAAAGAGAGUGAAGCAUUCAGAGAUGAAGGUGUGAUGUGUGUACCUAGUAGUGAGCCAGUUUUCACAAGUAACAUUUCUCCAAACUGACAUGUUUUCUCUCUUUCUUUCUCUGGACUCUCUCUCACUCUAUCUCCGUCUUCCUCGCUCAUACAUACAGGAGGGUUGUGGAAUGCAGCCCCAUGCCCACAGGUCUCAGGUGUACUCUCUGGACCCCACCUGCUUCCCUGACCUCAACCUGGCUGGCACGGGGGAGGUGGGCGUAGCAGGUGAGGCCAUGUAUGAGUUAGGCUGUGAUGGGGAGGUCGUGGGGUAAGGUCACCUGUGUGGUUGGGAAUGGACAGGCCAUGGAAAAACCUUCAUGAUUAGUAGUGAUAUACUAGUGUGCCGUUGUCGCUGUAACAAGAAAGUGUCUUUUUAACUUCUAGGUUAUUUUAUGGACCAUGCUGUUAACUGGAAGGACCUUCCUGUCAGGUGAGGCACUUUAUUUCUUAUACUGUAGGUUUGGUUUGCUGACAACCCAGUGUAACAUAUAUACAAGUGCCCUCUAAAUGUGUUUUUAUUAGAGAUAAAUUGACAGAUUUUUCCAUUGUAGGUCUGUGUGCAGUAGCACAUGUUACAGGGCUGAGACGGACACAGGCAGAGAGACUUGGGGCCUUUACAGAGUACAUCACUUCAGCAAGGUAACGGGAAACAAAGCCAAAUCUUUUAGAAUCAACCAAGGACCAAGUCGUCCGCCAUAUUUGAUGCAUGGUGUUAAAGUACCCUUGUGUUCUCAUCCUCUGCUGGUGUGUCUGUCCAGGUGGAGAUGUUUGGUGUGACUGCAGAUGAGACAGGGGAGGAGAGCUCUCAGAUGCUGGAGGAGUUCCUGUCCCUGCAGAAGGAGAUCUUCUCCUCCCUGGAGCUCCACUAUAGGUCAGUGCUCCUCUCUGGCUCUCUGCAUACACUCAAUGUGGCUGGAUAGAUGCAUAACUUAUGCUUUGAGUCAAACUGUACAGUGUAUUUUGCCAUUUGUACACACCAUAGCCAUAUAUUUACAUAUAAAUAUAUUGUUUGUGCAAAUACUCCCACACAGUAUUGAUUUUAUUCGUUAAACCCUAGCAAGAGUGUUCCUCCAACCGCUGCGCUCUCUGUACCUGUAGAGUACUGGACAUGCCCACCCAGGAGCUAGGUCGCCCAGCACACAGGAAGUACGAUAUUGAGGCCUGGAUGCCAGGGAGGGACAGCUAUGGCGAGGUAGGCAUGAUGGUACUACUAUGAUUGGUUAAUCAUAUCCUGGAUGGAUGAUUUUUUUGUUUGAAAAUAAUUUCCCAUUAUUGCUCUCAAAGUCAGAGCACUGGUGUCGGUUUUGUUAUCCAGGCUUGAUGUUUUUGUUUCUUCAUUGGCUUGCAUUAGAUCUCCAGCGGAUCUAACUGUACAGACUACCAAAGCAGACGCCUCAAUAUCCUAUAUGAGGGGGAGGAUGGUAGCCUACACUAUGCUCAUACGGUGAGACCAGGAAGGGUACAUUCUUUAUGUUGUGAGAUUCAGUAUUUCAGUAUACAAAAACAGAUGAACCAUUUUCUAAGUGUUUGAAGGUUAUAAUAACCACCAUUAUUUGCGUCCUGCUCUAGGUGAAUGCCACAGCAUGUGCUAUUCCCCGUACUAUCAUUGCUAUACUGGAGACUCAUCAGACCAAGGUAAGAGAGAACACCUACUGUAUUCCCAAUACUUUGAUGAAUAUAUUCACCCAUCAUGAAAAUAAGUGUCUCUGAUAACAUGAAAUGUAUCUUUGUUACUCUAUAUCUCACUCACAUGUUCAUUUUCAGGAAGGGACAGUGUUAGUGCCGCGAGCCUUGCAGCCCUUCCUGGGGUUGGAGGUGAUUGAAAAGCCUAAAUACAUUCCUUUGAAAUACAUCGGACCAAACCAGCCCAAUCGCAUGCCCCGCCCUGUCCCAAAGCUCAGAUGACAUCAUGCACCAACACACUUACAUCAAGAGAACAACUGAAGCCUUUUCCAUCUAGCUGUUUACUUAUUUUGUGUAGCUCUGCCAUGUAAAUAUAUUAAUGUCAUACUGUUUGUGAAUGUGUGUCAUGAUGACACUGUAUCAUAAACUGUCCUGUUUUUGUCUGCAAAAGAAUGAAACAGUAUUAAAUUAAACAAAA